UUUCCUUAAAUUAUUACAGAUCAAUAUGGUUCUGUUUUUAAAAGGAUAAUAAUUAAUAAAGUUAUAAAAAAUGCCAGAUAUAAUUUGCUUAACCAACUCAAGACAGCUUCUAAGGGUUCAUCUUCCUUCCAACCUUCCAUACAUACUUCUUUAUCAAACAGUAGAACGUAUACUAGAGGCACACCACUAUCACAAGACCACUGAUGAGAACAGUACACCAAGAAGUGGGCCUUUUACAUCCAGGCAACAGCAAUAUUCAGGCAAAAAAACUUCUUUUUAUUAUCCAGCAACAACACACCACUCAGACCAGGAUAGUCAGAGUCGGAGAUCUUAUAGCUUAGGGGCAAACCAACAGCUGAUUGGGGCAAAUCAACAGCUGAUUGGGGCAAAUCAACAGCUGACUGGAGGAAAUCAUCAGCUGAUUGGGGAAAAUCAACAGCUGAUUGGUGCAAAUCAACAGCUGACUGAGGCCAAUCAACAGCUGACUGGGAGAAAUCAGCAGCUGACUGGGGCAAACCAACAGCUGACAGGAGGAAAUCAACAGCUGACUGGGGCUAAUCAGCAGCUGACUGGGGAAACAACUUUUAUUAAGGAGAUCAAGAAGCAGCAACAACAACAGCUAAAGGAGCUCCAACAGCAGAUAUAUAUUCAACAACAACAACAGCUAAAGCUGAAACAAAUCCAGAAACUGAGACAGGAAAGGAAGAGGAGUGAUCAGACCGCCGCCAUCUUGUCUAUGCAAAGACAGAGAAAAGUUGGUGUUGUACAGAAUAACCUUGUUCCAUGUACAACUGUACAGGAACACGAGGCAGAGGAUGUAAACUUCUUGAUGGUCGAGAAUCCCUGGAAACUAAGCCCAGGUGGAGAGGAAGGACUAGACUCCGGCGUGUUUUCAGAAAUUUAUGAAUCCGAAGUGAAUAUGGAGGAAGAUGACAAGAAAGAUGAAAAAAGAAGAAUGGAGAAGGAUACGAAGAUAGAAGAGAUGGAAAGGGUGCUGAGGAAAGAAGGAGAGAAGGAGGAGGAAGAAGAGAAGAGAAGUCUAAGAAGUGCACUAUUCAGAAAGAUGAUGCUGAAAAAAAUUGUGAAUUAGUUUUUGAAAGAGAAAACUUGAGUUGUUGGCGAUUAUAUGAAUACAAAGAAGACGACUUUUUUAUCUAACAUUUGAUUGUUUACAAACUUUUUUUAGAAUUACAGGUUUACAGGUACUU